GUAACUCGCACAUCACUACCAGGAAGUAAACUGUCCCCACAGAACAGGACAGGAAACAACUUAUUUGAGUCAAUACUUCGACCUUCUUUCAUCCAAGCUCUAUGAUGAUAUUAUGAGAUUUGUUGGAAUGUAUUUGCCUUAGGCUCCACGUAGUCUGCGGGAGGCUGUCAUUGGAGUAAGUCAAGGCCCACACACACACAAACCUUUGAUGAUGGACGCCACAUUGGUUCAAGUGGACAAGAAUCUGACUGAAGCCAUGAGGAUCUUGGGAGAUGGACAGAGAGAGCUGGAAGAAAGGACAGCGAGUAGAACCAGCAUACCUGCCCCCCUACAGGGAGAUGGUCAGGAUAUCGCCUCGGUACUGGAACUUGUUCACAGCCUCAUCCAUGAAAAGGAGGAGGGAGAAGACAAACCCAGCCUACAGAGGAUGCACAAUGUGGGUGAACAAGGUCACAUGGCACUAUUGGGGCACAGUCUGGCAGCUUACAUCUCCAUGCUUGACCGAGAGCGACUUCGGAAGCUGACUACUCGGAUCUUGUCGGAUACCACACUAUGGCUCUGUCGACUGUUCAGAUAUGAGAACGGUUCAGCUUACUUCCACGAAGAUGACAGGGAAGGCUUGGUCAAGGUUUCUCGACUCGUUAUCAAUGCUCGCUAUGAAGAGUAUGCCUCUGAAGGCUACGCUGUCUUCAGCUCAAAACAGCCUGUCAUAUACCAGAGUGCAUCCUGCAGGCCUGGCCUGGGUCAACAUGUUUGCAACCAGCUCGGCUUGCCUCUCUCCAGUUUGUGCACAGUCCCAUGCAACACGCUUUUUGGAUCCCAACAUCAAAUGGAUGUUGCUCUUUUGGACAAACUAAUUAAAGAGGACACAGAAAGUGGGAAGCUCCCUUUGUUGUUGAUCGCCAAUGCAGGUACCGCAGGGACGGGUCAUACUGAUAAAUUGGGUCGACUCAGGGACCUGUGUGAUCAAUACAAAAUGUGGCUCCAUGUGGAGGGGGUCAACCUGGCUACCCUGGUCCUGGGUCAGGUCAACUCUGCUAUAAUGGUAGCAACCAAAAGUGACAGUAUGACACUGACACCAGGUUUGUGGCUUGGACUACCUGCUGUAACUGCCGUCACACUCUAUCGUCAUGAAGACCCAGCACUGUCUCUGGCUGCAGGUUUGACCUCCAGUCAGCCUGUGGAGAAGAUACGAGCAUUGCCUCUCUGGCUCUCUCUGCAGUAUCUUGGUUACUCUGGAAUUGUCCAGAAGAUAAGACACGCCACUGAUCUGAGCCACCAAAUGCUGCAAUUGCUCAACUCUGUGACCUCCAUUAAAACAUUGGUGGAGGAUGAACUCUGCUCUUCCGUGGUGCUGCUCAAAUUUUUGGAAAUUAGUGCAGCAUCCAGUGGUGGCUCAAUGGAGGCUUACUGUGCUGGGGAGAAAGAAUUAUUUGAUGCCUUGAAUAGAUGGCUUGGUGAGCAGCUCGCCCAGAUGGUUCCUACCAGUGGAGUUGAUGUUGUGGAACUUGAGGAUGAGGGCACCUGUGUUCGUUUCAGUCCCCUCCUGACGGCUGCUGCUUUAGGGACUCAACAAAAAGAUGUUGAUGAUCUGGUAGAGAAGCUGUCGGAGCUGGUGCCCAUGAUGACCUCCACAAUAUGCUUUAGACAAGACUUUAAAGAGGAGACCAACCGGCAUUCACCCUACCUCCGAUACAUUGACGAACUUAGCUGGCCUGGCCUAGGAGUUGUCCGGUAUGAACCACAGACUGUGGGAAUCGAUGAUACCAGGAAAAUGAAGGAAAUAAAAAAAAUUAACUCCGAACUGUUGAAGAAACUACAAGAUUUGGACACUGAUGUCGUGUUCUCCUCUGACUCCGAGUUGGAAAGAGAAGGGAAAUGGGGAUGUAUCUUUGUCGGUAUGGUAGCUGAAGACGUUGAUGUUUCACAGCUGGUGGAUACAAUUGCGACCCUGGGCCAGGACAUUGAAGAGAAUGGACGGCUGUUGGAGAACAUGACAGAGGUGGUGAGGAAAGGCAUCCAGGAAGCAGAGCAGGAGCUGCUUAAAGCCAAUGAGGAGAAACUCAUGGAAGAGGGUAUGCUGAGACAGCUACCUUUGGUUGGCUCCGUAUUAAACUGGUUUUCUCCUGUCCAAACGUCCCUUAAAGGGAGGACUUUCAACCUGGCAGCAGGUUCUUUGGACUCCACAGAGGUGACGUACUCCACCAAGGCACAGGCAGGCAGACCUCUCAUGAAGGACUCUCCCACCUUGUCAUCAAAGAGAUUGCAAGGUCAGAGGUUGUUUCGGCGCUCAGGGGCAGGCUCUGAUUCCUAUAGUGAAAGCAGCUCUAUUGAACAAGCUGAAGAGACAACUGCCUCUAUACGUGCACCAGAGGAGGACUCUCAUGUUGCAUGUCAAGGCAUUCCAGAAGAAGGGAUUCAUGAUUCUUGUGUGCAGAAGCAUGACCAGACGGAGGCUGAGGCACUGUUGGAAGAGAGGAAGCCUGAAUGCCAAGAGGCCCAGCAAAGUGGAGGAUAGGACACCGUCUUCAUCCGUCCCUACAAUGGCUGCAGCCUAACUGGUGUAAAAAAAUACAUCAUGCAUUUCCAGUAAUUGUUUUUGUUAUUCAGGAGAAUACAAUUGGAAUUGUUGGCUUUAUGUCUAAUAAGUGAAGUGGAUCGGAAAGACAGAUACUGUGACACUGGGAUGCUCGUUUAUAAUCAUUUAUCUUCCACCAGCAGAUGCAGUUUUUUCGAGAAACGGCUCACUCAUUUACUUUUAAAUUUGUUUAAAUGACAUGGAUAAAUAAUACUUUCGAGGUUUGUGGCUUGCCUAAAAACUGCGCACAGAGGAUAAAUGUGUUGUUGGGAGUGUAGUCAGAAUGGUGGCCUUGGUUUUCCUGUUGAAUGAAAGUUGCCUUUUUUGUGGGUAAAAAUCAUUGUCAUUAAUUGCACUAGAGAAGACUUGACAGAAAUACUUUGUCAAAGUAUCCAUUUAUUCAUUCAUGAUAAAAAUACAAAUGCCAAUUCAAUAUGCAUUCCAAAAGCUUUGAUGAAGUGUUAAAAUGAUGGGUUCUUUCUUUCAACUCAGAGAUCUGUUUUUCCAACUCAGUAGGUGAUUUCAGGGUAAAAACCAUUUCAUGAAGAAAGUGCUACCCAGAAGGGGGUGUUAGUGGAUUCUUAGCAGAACUGUUCUUCCUUCCAUGGUGUACUGCUGUGAUUAUAAUGCAGAAUGAUUUCAGAUAUAAUUGCACAACACUGUAAGAAACCUAUCCACAGCAUAAAUCCGUCCGUAUCUCCUACCCUUUAUUAUUCUAUGCAAAAACUCUCAAUAAAUCAUAAAACUAA